AUGGGAGACGACCGAAGGAGACAAAAGAGGGUCUGCUCUGAAGACUGCUGGCUGCGAACCUACUCUCCGCAGCCGCCCGGUGCUGUAGUUGAUGCAGCAUACAAAACCCUUCCAGACCAAGCCGAAGCGGCACGAAAGCUGUUUCGACCCAUCAAGCCAUGGCAGACCAGAAUCCUAUGCAUUGAGCCCGCAGAGCGGUCUACAGAUCCUCUUAUUUGCCAACUGCGGACUGCAGAGAUGAUCUACUAUGAAGGAGUAGUGCUAUCGGACUCUCAGGUCCUUAUUACCUACGACGCUUUAUCGUACGCUUGGGGUUGUCUGAAUUUUACGCAUCCUCUGAUCGUCAAUGGCCUCAUCUAUCCGAUUACUGCCAACCUCUCCAAUGCACUCAGAGCACUCCGGGAUCCCCAGCAGGUAUACUACAUUUGGGUUGACGCCGUGUGCAUCAACCAAUACGACGACGAGGAGAAGAGUGUCCAAGUCCGUCGCAUGAUAGCGAUAUUCAGGAAGGCCCAGAGUGUCAUCGCGUGGUUGGGACUUAAGGAAGAAUGUGGUUACGCUGCCAUAGACUACCUGCAGGAUUCAACGGACGUCGACGAGCAUCGAGACGAAUGCAUGCCUGAACUACGCGAGAUCCACAAAGGCCUACAAGAGCUCUACAAGAGACCGUGGUUGCGGAGAACUUGGGUCAGGCAAGAGGUCUUCGUUGCCAGAGACCUAUCGGUUCGUUGCGGGCAGACUGCUGUGCCUUGGUCUACAUUCUUGAUUGUGCCAAGGGUGCUCGAUUCGAUUGAAGAACAGCUGCGGUCUGCCAAGGUUGAUUUCAGUCCAGCCGACUUGCGGGCGCUCAGUAACGUGGAGCACCUCCGGCAAGGCAAGCUGGAAGAGGUCGCAUUGACUACUGCUCUAGCUUCACGACGAAGAAACGAUAUCGGAUGGCAUGGAGGGGAUUCAAUAAACCUCUUAACCGUCCUACGGACUGCAGGCCAUUUCAAGGCAACAAACCCUCGAGAUUUCGUUUACGGUGUCUUGGGCAUGACAGACACAGCGACGCGAAGUAAAGCCGACAACAGUCCUGCGCCGGACAACCUUGAGACACUUCCAGUAGAUUACAGCAAAUCUGUGUCUGAAAUCUUCCAAGACGCUGCAAAAUAUCUCAUCAACCGCGGCCAUUUGCUCCACGUCUUACAUCAUGCUGGGGGUCGGCGUGGCCUUGACCUUGACCUGCCUAGCUGGACACCUGACUGGCGGUACACAUCCGGCAGCAAGCCCAACUUCUCCGCAACGUCGACUCUCGUAGCCAUCUGGAAGAUCGAGUUGUUACCAGCCUCUUGA